GUGUUGCAGAGAGACCCGUGGAAGAUGUCGAACCAGAGAAACAGCGACACCAAGCCCCCAUGUUUGCCCCGCAAUGGACUGGUAAAGAUCCCCACGCAGCCCAACGGACUCGGCUCUGCCAGCAUCACCAAAGGGACCCCUGCCGUGAAAAACCGCCUGUGCCAGCCUUCCUCCGUGCCUGCCAUCCUCAGCCCGGCCUUAGCCAACCACAGCGACCUGCCCAUACCCAGCCUGGCAUCGCCCCUGUCCUUGGCCGCUCUGGCCGGGGUGUCAUCCCCUCCCAGCGCCUCCCUGGUGGGACUGAACUCGAGCGAGGCCUCCCCUGGCAAGGAGCAGCCCUCCCCGGAGCAGCUGCCCAGCUCGCUCUCGGAGAGGCAGCUGGCGGUGGACGAGAAGAUCCUCAACCGCCUGUUCUGGUACUUUUCAGCCUGCGAGAAGUGUGUGCUGGCACAGGUGUGCAAGGUGUGGCGGAGAGUCCUGUAUCAGCCCAAGUUCUGGGUGGGCCUCACGCCUGUCCUGCACACCAAAGAGCUCUACAACAUCCUGCCCGGCGGUGAGAAGGAGUUCGUCAGCCUCCAGGGCUUCGCCGUCCGGGGCUUCGACGGCUUCUGCCUCGUGGGCGUCUCUGACCUGGACAUUUGUGAGUUCAUCGACAACUACCCCCUCUCUAAGAAGGGAGUGAAGUCCAUGAGCCUUAAGAGGUCAACCAUCACAGAUGCAGGGCUGGAGGUGAUGCUGGAGCAGAUGCAGGGCGUAGUGCGGCUGGAGCUGUCGGGCUGCAAUGACUUCACGGAGGCCGGGCUGUGGUCUAGCCUCAAUGCUCGCAUCACCGCGCUGAGCGUCAGCGACUGCAUCAACGUGGCCGACGAUGCCAUUGCGGCCAUCUCCCAGCUCCUGCCCAACCUCACCGAGCUCAACCUGCAGGCCUACCACGUGACGGACACGGCGCUGGCCUACUUCACCGCCAAGCAGGGCUACACCACCCACACCCUCCGCCUCAACUCCUGCUGGGAGAUCACCAACCACGGCGUGGUCAACAUGGUGCACAGCCUGCCCAACCUGAGUGUCCUCAGCCUCUCGGGCUGCUCCAAGGUGACGGAUGACGGUGUGGAGCUGGUGGCUGAAAACCUACGGAAGCUGCGCAGCCUCGACCUGUCCUGGUGCCCUCGCAUCACGGACAUGGCCCUCGAGUACAUCGCCUGCGACCUGCACAAGCUGGAGGAGCUGGUGCUCGAUAGGUGUGUGCGGAUCACCGACACUGGCCUCAGCUACCUGUCCACCAUGUCGUCCCUGCGGAGCCUGUACCUGCGCUGGUGCUGCCAGGUGCAAGACUUUGGCCUGAAGCAUCUCCUGAGCAUGGGAAGUUUGCGGCUCUUGUCUCUCGCCGGUUGCCCCUUGCUGACCACCACGGGCCUCUCGGGGCUGGUGCAGCUGCAGGAGCUGGAGGAGCUGGAGCUGACCAACUGCCCCGGCGCCACCCCGGAGCUCUUCAAGUACUUCUCCCAGCACCUGCCGUGCUGCAUGGUGAUCGAAUAAGCUGCUUUGCUGCCAGGACUGGCCUGUCCGUGGAGUCGUCUUCUCCAGUCCCAAUCCAGCACUGACCCAACCAAGCCGCGUCGU